AUAGAAUGUCCAUGAACAAGAGUGCUAGAAAUAGUCUCCUACAAUUACACACAUACGAAUUUUCGUUUACGACCGUGUACCAUGAGAAAUACCCACUCCAAAGAGCCAAAGAGUACAAGAUCAGAUGUCUAUCGAAUUUGUCGUGUAACCUAGGUUUCCAAUACAAUGCCAGUACAACCAUCACACGCAGUUGUCAUCAUGAUGGCCAUCCUGCUACAUAGUAGUACAGCUGGCCAGACCAUGUGUACGAACUGUCUGAAUGACAGCUGUAAACAAGGUUUUCACGGCGAUGAGUGCAACAGAACAUGUCGAGUCCAAUGUGUCGAGAGUAGAUGUCAUAUAUCCUAUGACACCGGAAGUGCCGUUUGCGACAAGGGCUGCAUUCCAGGAUUUCGAGGACGUUAUUGUGAGAGGAAAUGUCCAAAACGAUGCGCGGUGUGCAAUAACACCAUGUGUCCCAAAUGUACCAGUGCCUCGUGGUACGGGGAAAGCUGUAGAAAGUACUGCAGCCACUGUCCCGGUGCGUCCUGCUACAAGAACGGAACCUGCAAACGAGGCUGCACCGGAAGAAACGAAAGACCAGGAUGCAACUCACAAGACAUGAACGAGAACACGACGCGUGAUGCUGUCUACGACAGAGAUGAUGACGAGGGUGACAAGACUUUCAUCAUGCUGAUCAUCUUCGGAUCACUCAUAGGUGUCAUGCUCCUGGUGUCAUGCAGUGUUGGUGUGAGCUUGUGGCAGACAAAGAAAGGGAGAAAGUAUAGACAUAAUGCAACGAUAAUCUCUCCUGGAAACACAAACCACGUGUCACCACACCACUGGGACAGGACGGAUCCCCAAAGUUAUUUAAGAGCCACCCAUGAUUUUCCUACUGAAGAAGCGCAUAUUUAUGAAGAAAUUCCGUCUGUCUAA